AACUAGCCGCGAGACUCGGCGCUAGUCUUACAUGCAUUCCCUCUCAAGCCGUCGCCGCAAACCAGCCAUAUCCGAUCUCCCUGCUCUCUCUCGCUCCAUCUGCUCUCUUCCGCCCGGUCCCGCUGAGAUCGCAAAGGCUUCUAUCAUCAAUAAUCAAACCACCGAUCCGGAAUCUUCGCACGCCGCUCUAUCCUACGGCGACAAUCAUGCCCACGUCACGCUAGAACGCUGCCAGCAAGUCCAGGGAAUCCUGCCACGUCACCCCCUGAGGGCGUUCCUGGCAAUGAUGGCAGCAGCGGCGCCAGCAGCAGCAGCAGCGGCAUCAGCAGGAGCAGCAGCACGUGCGCGUUGUGCUCCCCCUAAACGUUGCAAGCUCCGUGCUUUCAGCCCUGGCCUUCCCCCCUGGUGCUCUCUCCUCUGCCUCCUUCUUCUCCUCUCCCCCUCCGCCUUCCCCUCGCCGGCGUUAGUCCGCGCGGAAGCGCAACGAGCGGAAGUGGAAGCGCAACGAGCGGAAGCGGAAGCGGGAGCUGACGGGGGGAAGGCGCAUGCGCGGGCUGCGCAGGCGGAGGAGGGAUUCGACUGGCUGCUGCGCGAGCUGAGGGGGGACUCGGAGGGGGAUGAGGGGGAGGUGGAGGGGCUUGGCGCAGAGGGCUGGGAGGAAACUCCGCUGGAAGGUUCGGGAUUCGCGGAGCUGCUGACGUGGCUGCGCGCCAAUGGAGCUGGGGGAGAGGUGGUGGAGGGAGAGAGUAUUCGAUUGAGCGUCUUCCGAAUGGAGGUGCAAGGCGGCGAUGCUGGCUCGGACUUGACACAUCCGCGAUCGCGGGUGAAGGUAGAGGGAAAUGGCAGGGCGAAGAAGGAGGCCGAGAAGGAGGAGAAGGAGGCGAAGGAGCAAAAGGAGGAGGAUUGGGCUUCGGGUGAUGGGGAGUCGGUCGAGGAGGGGGAGGAGCAAGGCAGAAAGGCAACCAGCAGUGGAGGCGACAAGGCGAACACGUUCAGGAUCUUCCCCCAGCUGGUCGCAGCAUCCCCCAUAGCGGUGGGGCAACUGCUGCUGCGGCUGCCGCUGCCUGUGCUGCUCAACGCCUCGCGCUGCUCCCUGCCCUCCCCUCGCCUGCCGCCCUCCCCCGAGGCCGCCCUCGCUGCCUGCCUGCUGCUGCUGCUGCAGCAGGGGGAGGGAGGGGCGCAGGGGGAAGCAGGGGCGGAGGAUGAGGGGGAAGGCGUGGGGGAACGAGUGGAGCCUGCGCUGCUGCCUCUGUUGCUGGCCUCUCACACUGCCCACCUGCUGCCCAUGCUCAGAAACGACCUCCCCCAGUUGCCCCUCCUCCACCAGGCCGUGAAGGAAAGGCACAAGUACGAGCAGGAGUAUGGCAGCUGGAUUUCAAGCAACAGCAGCAGCAGUGUUAGCAGCAGCCCCAGCAGCGGCGAUGGCGCGAGCAGCAGUGCCCCCGGGCUGCCUUCCCUGGAGCAGUUCCUGGCGACAGUGGCGGCAGUGAGGGCGCUGGCUCUGCCCAUGCGCCUGCCGCCCCUGCCGGAGGGGCGGGGGGAGGGGGGAAGCAAUGGUAUCGGAGGGGGACAAGGCAGCAGUGGGGGGGAAGGGGGGAGGCAUGGGGGGAAGAAGCAGAGGCAGCGGCGCUUUGAGCUGACUGUGGUUCCCUUGGUGAAUGCGAUUGGGCGGGUAGCAGGAAGGAGCGAUGGCAACGUGCGAUGGCAGCUCUCACACUCUGGCUUCCACCUGUGGGCGUCAGCCGCCAUUCCUCCUGGUGCUGCCCUCCUCCUGCCCCUCAAUGGCGGCCUGCCAGACCCGCUGCAAGGCGACUUGCUACAAGCAGAAAAUGGAGCACAGGGUGCAGAAGCAGAGGAAGAGGGGGAGGAAGAGGAGGAGGAGGAGGAGGAGGAGGAGGAAGAGGAGGAGGAGGAGGAGGGGGAAGAGGAGGAGGGUCGUUCUCCCCCCAGGGAUCUGUGGGAGGUGCUUGAGUCAGACGCGCAUCUCUCCCCGGCCACUCUCCUGUCCAACGACGAUGCCUUCCUCUCCCUUGGGAUCAUCCCUAACUGCUCCGCCUUUGACCGCGUGCAGCUCUUCCCUUCCCUCCUCAGCGUCACUCGCAGCCUCUCCCAAGUCGCAUUCCCGGAACCUUCCGCCCGAAAGCUGUUUGAAGCCCGGGCAACAGCGGCCGGCCGGAGGGUGGUGGAAGAAGUGAGGGUAGUUAAAGCCCACCUUUUCAACUCUGCCCUUGGGCGGUUGGGCGUGGUCAACGGGUCGCAAGAGGAUAGGGUGUUAAGGAAUGGGGCACUAGGGGAUGUUGGCGAUGCGGAGGAGAAUACAGGCGGGGAAGGAAGCAACGAGUGGGAUGUGGAGGGGAUGCGGCGAGUGGUGCUGCAGAUGCUGUUCUGGGAGAGGAGACGAGCCAUGCGGGAGAGGCUGGCGCGUAGACUGGCGAAGAGGAGGGGAGGGGAGGCAGGGGGAGAGGGGCAAGAGGUGAGAGACGCGAGAGAGGAGGAGGAAGGGUUGUUUGUGUACCCGGAUGGGCGGAUGGACCCUGAGCUCGUGGCUCAUUUCACUGCUGCUGUGCUGCUGGCUUCCACCUGGCAAGACCCUGACCCGGCCCUGCUCGCCCGUGCCAGCGUGGCAGUGGCGUGGAACCUGGACGGUAGCACCACAUGCACGCACAUGCCUCUGCUCUCCCACCCCUCCCACCCUCUCCACCUCCCCCUCUCCUCCCCCUCCUCUUCCUCCUCCUCCUCUUCCCCCUCCUCCUCCUCCCUCUCCUCCGCCUCUUUCUUGAAGGACCUUCCUGUGAUCCUAGACGUGACUGCCAGCAGCUUACAACGCCCAGUGGGGGAGCUUAUAGAGGGGAUGGAGCAGGCAGUGAGGGAGGCUGAAGGGUGGGUGGAGAGAGGGGUGGUCUGCCGGGAAGGGAGGGCGGCUGGGAUUGACUCCGUUCAAGUGGACGAGGCCUGCCGCCCAUCCGUCCAAGCCCACGUGGCGCGCUCACAUUCGCUGCUGCGAUUCCUCACCAGCAAGCGUAGCAUCCUAUUGGAUGCCUCCUCUCGCCUCGCCUCCGCCUGCAGGCCCCAAUCAGCGUCAGCCACACCCGAAGCAAUAGCAGCAGUUCCAUCUGGGGGAGGUGGUUCUAGUGAAAGCAGCAAGAGGGAUGCUGCUGCUGGGAAGGAGGAGGAGGAGGAGGGAGAGGAGGAAGGGAAGGGGGGCGUAGUGCAAGAGGGCAAAGGGCUUGGUGCACGGACCAGGGGGGGCGGGCAGGGCACGAGCAUGGGGUUUGGGAGGGGUGGCAGCGUGCUGACGGGGAGGGGAGGGGUGUGGAGUGAGGUGGCGGGGGAGAGGAUGGGCGAGAUGGGCGAGGAGGAGCGGGUGAGGGUGUUUGUGGAGUGGGUGUGCGCCAACGGGAUGGAAGACUACAGCAAGCCAGGCUCAGGGAUUGAGAUAGUAUUUCGGAACGAAACUGCGCCGGUCCGUAGCGCCACUGAAGGGCAAGAAACGAGGCGCCAACUAUUGGUGCGAGCGGGGAGGGAUCACGAGGAGGAGUCAGUCCUCCUCUCAAUCCCCAAGUCCCUCUGGCUCACCACCCCCGCCAUGCUCCAAGCCAUAGGCGGGCCCCCCUACCCCGGGCCUGUGUGGGCAUUCACUGUAGCAGCUGCGUGGCUGCUAAGGGAGAUGCUUAAAACGAGGACGGAGUCCUUCUGGUGGCCGUACCUGCAACUGCUGCCGCGGCACGUGCCCCUGCCGUAUUUCUUCCAGGAGGAAACGCUGGAGGAACUGCAGGCCCCGUCCACAGUGAAAACAGUUUACAACAACCUGGCCAACUACGAGUUUGAGUACCGGCGGUGCGGCCCCGCUGUGCUGGCCAACGCCACGUUUCAUGAGUUCAUGUGGGCGCUGUCCGUGGUGCAGUCCAGGGGCUUUGAUGACUCGCGCUGGGGGAAUGUGGUCACGUUCCUCCCAAAGGGCCUGGAUGCCUCUGCUGCCUCUGCUGGUUCUGCUGGCUCUGUUGGUUCAGGAGAAUCAUCAGGGGGGCUACCGGAGGAGAGAUCGGGGGCAGUGCAGGUGCAGCUGAGGAAGGGUGCGCUGAUGCUGGUGCCACCCGCAGAGCUCUUCGACCACAGCAACACCUUCCAGACGUCCUACCGGUUUGGCGCCGGUACCGUUGACUUUGUGGCAUCAGAGAAUGGGACUGAGAAUGGGACUGAGAAGGGGACUGAGAAGGGGACUGAGAAUGGGACUGAGAAGGGGACUGAGAAUGGGACUGAGAAGGGGACUGAGAAUGGGACUGAGAAUGGGACUGAGAAUGGGACUGAGAAUGGGACUGAGAAGGGGACUGAGAAUGGGACUGAGAAUGGGACUGAGAAUGGGACUGAGAAUGGGACUGAGAAUGGGACUGAGAAUGGGACUGAGAAUGGGACUGAGAAUGGGACUGAGAAUGGGACUGAGAAGGGGACUGAGAAUGGGACUGAGAAGGGGACUGAGAAUGGGACUGAGAAGGGGACUGAGAAUGGGACUGAGAAGGGGACUGAGAAGGGGACUGAGAAUGGGACUGAGAAUGGGACUUUUGGUGCAGAUGCCUUUGACUUUGUGGCAUCAGAUAGUAUAACUCAGAGGGAGGAGUUUGGAGCUGAUACUUUAGACUUUGUGGCAUCGGAUAGUAUAACUCAGGGGGAGGAGGUGAGCACGAGCUACGGCUUGCGAUCCAAUGAGGAUCUGCUGGUGGCGUACGGCUUCGUGCUGCCCGGCAACAUGUUUGACAACGCGCCUCUGCUGCCCUCGCUCUCGUACGCCGUUCGCUUGGUUGCUGCCCUCGUGCACCACCGGAUGACGCAACACAGAGGGGCUGGUGAAUGGGAAUCAGUGCACCAGGGCCGGAAGCGGGAACCAAAGGGGGCAGUGGACAUGUGCGGUGCUGCCGCUGGCUUUAGUGAAGUACAGAACACAUGCAGUGCUGCUGAGCCUGCUACAGCCCCCACUCCUGCUGCUACAGCUGAGGCUACAGUUGCGGCUACAGCCGCCACGGCUGAUGCUGCAGCUGCCACUGUCCCCAGCCUUUCCCCUCGCCUGCACCCACCACCGCCCCCUCCCACCACAUGGCGAGGUGGAGUCAAACAAAAGCUGCUCCUCGUGUGGGGGAGUGCUGGUGCGCGGCUCAUGGGUGGACGCUUGGAAGAGAGAGCAGGGAAGGGAGACGGGCGAGAGGAGGGCAGAGAGGGGGAUGUUGGUGCAAGCGAUGAUGCUGAUAAACAGGAAAGAGACGGAGGAGGAGGAGGAGGAGGAGGAGGAAGGGAAAGAGGAGUGAGAAGCGAACAAGGGUCUGGAAGACACGUGACGUCACUGCAUCAGCUGAAGCGGCGGCUGUGGCGGGUAGCAGCGAAGGCGGUGGAGGCGGUGGUGAGGGAGCGGGAGGAGGAGGGAGGGAAGUUCUAUGGCGUGGAGGAGGAGGGCGGCACGCCCUAUGAGCUCAUGCAGCGGAUAAGGCGGGAGAGUGAGGCGGAGGAGAUAGUGGGGGGCGUGGAGGAGAGGACAGAGGCGGACAAGGAGGGGAGUGUGGGGGUGUCGGUGUGGGCGAGGGGCCUUGUGGAACCGAAUCUGAUCGCUGCUCUUGCUGCUGUGUACUACUUCCUGCAGUACCGCCGAGAUCCUCCAAGUGUGCUAACCAGCUCAGCCGUCUACCUGGGCUGGGCGGUGGACAACACCACAUGCAAGUUCCUCUCCUCGCCCGCCCCUGACAUGCUGCCCGCCCUGCAAGCAGUGGCUGACACCGUUCGUCUGCUAGCGCAGGCGCGGCUGCAGCAGAUGCCGACCAGCGUGGAAGAGGACGAGGCGAUCCUGAGGGAGUUGGAGGCGUGUGGGAGGGGAGGGGGGGGGGUGGGGGAAGAGGGGGAAGGUGGGAGAAGAGGGGGGGGUGUGGGGGAAGAGGGGAAGGAGGGGAGGCUGGAGGGGUACGAAGGGAAGGAGGUAAGGAGAGGAGAGGGAGAGGAGCGAGAGGGAAGGGAAGAGGAGGUGGACUGGAGAAAAGAAGAAGAGGACGGAAUUAGGGGUUGUGAGGAGUGGGUUGAAGGGGGUGGUAAAGGGGAGAAGGGAAGAGGGAGGUUGACAGUGUUGUCCGUGCGGUGCAACUGUGCUGCCCUGCUGCCAGUGCUGGAUGAGAAAAAAACGGCCGUGCGAUUCCGAUUUAACAGGAAGCGGGUGCUGCAGGGCGUUAUCUCCCGGCUUGAAGCUGCCUGCCCACCCACUGAUAGCCCUGCACUGUAGAAGACAUACUCCUGUACUGUAGAAGACAUACUCCUGUACUGUAGAAGACAUACCUACUCCUGUACUGUAGAAGACAUACUCCUGCACUGUAGAAGACGUACUCCUGCACUGUAGAAGACAUACUCCUGUACUGUAGAAGACCUACUCCUGCACUGUAGAAGACAUACUCCUGCUGCCUCUGUAUAAACAGGAAGCAGAUGCUGGAGGGAUUUAUAGCCUGGAUGACAGUGGCAUGGCAUGUCCUCACACCUCUCCUCACCACCACCUCCCAUCCACUGCCGGCCGCUGAGGCGCCUCACGUGAAGGCUGUGGGACGGUGGCAGGUGAGUGAGAGGGGAUGAAGGGAUGAAGGGAACGGACACUGAGAUGGAAUUGGAAUGGAAUGGCAUGGCAUGGCAUGGCAUGGCAUGGAAGCAUCUCUAUUCACAAUCCUCUCUGACCGUGAGGCCCUGUGGCUGCUUCUGUGAUGCUCCAUGGCGGCAUGCCGUCCUGGGUACAGCAGGGCAGGGCACACAACAUGCACAGCUGGACGGGAUUCUGGGCAAGGUGGAGUGGAGUCUGGCUGGAUGAUUUGUUAAAGCCAGAGUCUAAAAUAGCACACCCUGUUUCAAGUUGGGCCUCGCUGGUAGGUGCACGCAUUUGAC